CGGAACCCUUGUUUACUGGUUGUUAUUUCCGCCGGUAUGAUGUGCGGUGGGACUCGGUGGGAAACGGUUAUCUUACUUGUUGCCACGUCGGAGUAGUCGGUGAAGCCGGGUUUCUUUUUUCUUAUAAAGGAGGAUUACUCGUGUUGUUCGGGGUUUCUGUGUCAGUCACGGUCAUGGUUUCCGUCAUUAACACCGUGGACACCUCUCAUGAGGACAUGAUUCACGAUGCCCAGAUGGACUACUACGGGACUCGGCUCGCCACCUGUUCUUCUGACCGCACCGUCAAGAUCUUUGACGUCAGAAACGGAGGGCAGAUCCUUGUGGCAGACCUCAGAGGCCACGAGGGUCCCGUGUGGCAGGUAGCGUGGGCUCAUCCAAUGUUCGGCAACAUCCUGGCUUCCUGUUCCUACGACCGAAAAGUCAUUAUUUGGAAAGAAGAGAACGGAUCCUGGGACAAGAUGUACGAGUACACCGGACACGAGUCGUCAGUGAACUCAGUCUGCUGGGGUCCAUAUGAGUUUGGUCUAAUCCUGGCCUGUGGCAGUUCAGACGGAGCAAUUUCCCUUCUCACGUUUACUGGAGAUCAGCAGUGGGACGUCAAGAAGAUCAGCAAUGCUCACACUAUUGGCUGCAACGCUGUAAGCUGGGCUCCCGCUAUAGUUCCAGGCAGUUUGAUUGAUCAGCCAUCGGGACAGAAGCCAAACUACGUCAAGCGCUUCGUCUCCGGAGGCUGCGACAACCUGGUCAAACUCUGGAAAGAGGAGGAUGGGCAGUGGAAGGAGGAUCAGAAGCUGGAGGCUCACAGUGAUUGGGUGAGAGAUGUUGGCUGGGCUCCAUCUAUUGGUCUUCCCACCAGCACCAUUGCCAGCUGCUCUCAGGAUGGACGAGUAUUUAUCUGGACGUGUGACGACCCUGCAGGCAACACCUGGACGGCCAAACUGCUCCACAAGUUCAACGAUGUGGUGUGGCACGUCAGCUGGUCGAUCACUGGAAAUAUACUGGCUGUUUCAGGAGGAGACAACAAGGUAACGCUGUGGAAGGAGUCGAUGGAUGGUCAGUGGGCGUGUAUCAGUGAUGUCAGCAAAGGCCAGGGCGCAGUCUCCACCAUCACAGACACACAGCAGAAUGAGCAGUGACCCUCGAAUAAAAAAAAACACACACACACCCAUUACCGUGACCCCUGACCCUUCGAUGAUGACCCUCAGCCUUCAGAGAUGAAAGAAUAAACAUGCUGGACAUUUGGACUGAAAACAAGACGCCCACAGUGAUGAAGCCUGGUCUAUAAUCUGAGUUUUAGGCUGAAAAUCAACAAGGAGAAUUUAUUAGAGGGAAAGAAACCAUUACAACUCAAAGAAUCACCGCUUUCUUUAUUUUUCCUUUGAAGUUUAAAAAUGCGGACAUAACUUUGUUCGUUUUGUCUUUAGCUUCAUCAAAGUUUAGUUCUUCCUGCUCUGCUCCAGAAACAUUCCACCUCCACUGCUGGAGAACAAAAUUACCAUCACCCUUAAUGCUCCCAGCAUCCUCAGGGGCAGCCGUCCUGACUUUCAACACUUUAUUCUAAUUACUGGUUCACUCAAAUUGGCUUUGAGUGAACCAAGAAAACUAUAAAAACAAAGCAGGUGAGCCCACCUUCACAUCUAAAACAAACUCUCAUGUUCUCAUAGUGAAACAAAACAUGACUUGACUGCCUGAUUUGGAUUUACAUUUAAUGAUAAGUGGAUAAAUGUUUUAUUCGGUAAAAUGUUUGCAGACUCUUUUCAGCUGUUAAAUGAAUCAUCUGCCUUAACAACCAUGAAUGGAGCGAUUGUUUUUCUCCAGGUGUAUAAUCAGAAUCCAUUGAUUUCUUUUUCAUGUUUGAUGUAAUUAAAUAACUGUUUAAUAUUAAAACAA